CUUCGAUCAGAUUUCCUGAACCCAACUUCGAUUAGGGUUUAGUGUUUUACGAAGAGGAAGGUGAAGUAACAGAGGAACACUCAAGGAGUCGUCCAGCUCGCCGGCGUUGAGUCUGCGAUGGAGGCCGAGAACCAGAUUCAGGUCGACCUCGGCCAUCUACUCGCCGUCGACCCGUACCACCACUUCCCUUCUCCGCCUAAAUCCAGGGAGGAAUUGGUGACAGAAUGUUUGAGGGCGGGAACCAAACUAGUCCAAGCGAUUACUGAUGGUCUUUUCAACUUGUCUGCGACGGAAGCUAUCGAAGGUCCGCUUGUGAAGCUGCCCAAACCGACCACCAGGCUGCCCAGGGAGAAACAUUUACCGAGGCCUAAGCCUCCAACCAAAUGGGAGAUGUUUGCCAAAUCAAAAGGAAUUCAGAAACGUAAAAAGAACAAGGUCUUGUGGGAUGAACAAACUGACAGCUGGAAACGUAGUUAUGGAUAUGAUCGUGUCAAUGACGAUGCAGAUGUUCCUAUUAUCGAGGCCAAGAUGACUGAUGAACCUGGAAGCGAUCCUUUUGCCAAGAGGAAAGAAGAAAAGAAGAAAAGAGUUGAGAAGACGGAGAAGAAUCGUUUGCAGAAUUUAAAACAAGCUGCUAAAGUUGGUGCUUUGCCCAGCCACGUUCAGCUAGCUGCCACAGCAUUGCCUAUAACAGGAACACAAGCAGCGCCAAAGAAAAUUACAAAAGACGAACUGGGAAAUGUUGCUGGGCUUGCUGCAACAGCCACAGCCAGUGGUGGAAAGUUUGAUAAGAAGGUGGCUGGUGAAAAGGCCGUCAAACACCAAGGAAAACACCGCAAGUUCCUACCCGCCGCUGAAGGUUCAGGGAUGGGCAACCGAGAGAAGGAACAAACUGACAAAGUGCUGAGCAAACUAAUGGCGAGAAAUUCGCAUGAGAUACUCAAUGUUGGCAAGGCCGUUAGCAUGUACAAUGUGAAGAAGCAGAGAGAUGGAAGGAAUCAGAAAGGGAGAUCGUCCUUCGACUCGAGUAGCAAGUUGAAACCGAAUGGGAAACCCAUGAAAGGUGACAAGAAGUCUCCAUACCAGAAGUCUAGAAAAGGCGGCAGCCAUGGUGGUGGUGCCUCAAGGAAAGGAAAGGUUGAUUAGUACUAAGAGCCCAGUUAGUUCUUUAACUCCACUAUCAAGUAUCAACCCCAAUUUUGGUCAUAUGAAGUUUUGGAUUUUGUAGGUCUCUGUAUUUCCUGCAUUUUAUAAUAUGGCCAAUUCUGUCUUUCAACCCUGAAAUCUGAAUCCCCCUACUCACGUGCCUCCAACAAAGUUAGUGAUUUGGUCAUCUCAUGAUUCAUAUACUCUAAUUAUCGUCUUAUGACUCAAACAAUUAGAUUAACGAAAUAAGAAAUUUUUACAGUGAUUCUUGAC